UUUUGCACCACUGGGUUACCAAGCGAUGUCGUGGUCGAUGUCGGCGAUAUGGCAUUCCAUCUUCACAAGGUGGAGAAUAGACAUUGCAAAAGAAAAUGGGGAUGAAGACUAUUAUUGCAAUUUUGCUCGUGACCCUUAAAAGCUACAAAUACAACAAGACAAAGUGAGCCAAAGAGUUUACGGAGCAUUAUAUACUCUUUUCCCUUUCGUUUCACAUCUUACGUUCUCACUUCAUCAACAGUUCAUAAAAAAAGACUUUUUCUUCUAUACUACUCUUUGUAACAACAUCAAAACUUAGAGUUAAAUGUUUGUUGGGUUAAAUGGAAGGCUUUGUAUGGACACAUCAUGAAUUCAGAUAAAUAAUUUUAGGCUUUACUCCUAUUUAUUUAUACUAGUUUUUAGUAAUAAUAUAUUUUGUACUAUCAUAAUUAAUAUACAAAAGUUGAACCAUGUGAUAUAUUGUUAUUGGAACUAACUCGAAAUACUUGGAAAUGAAAAGGCGAUAACAGUUGGAAACUUGUAGCAAACCGCACUACCGGCACUAAAUAACGUUACUAAAAAAAUGGAGUCUUUUUCAACUAGAAUCACACAUUCCCACUAUACUGUUAGUUCGAUCAGCCCCGUGUGUGAAAAUGGUGAGGAGCGAUUUUUUGACGUUGAAGGCAGACGAGGUAACAACAGAAUUAAUCAACGCAGAUUUGAAUGAGGUCAAAGUGGCGUUACAAAAGUUGUUUGAUCAUGGGUUAAUCACUCAGCUCGGUGGCUUAGGAUUCGGCACAUCUUUUCUCUCUUGGGUCGCAUGCUUCUCCGCUAUUUAUCUGCUGAUAUUGGACCGGACAAAUUGGAGAUCAAACAUACUAACUUCACUUUUAGUACCUUAUAUAUUCUUUAGUCUUCCUCCUUCAUUGUUCAAUCUCCUAAGAGGGCAAUUCGGAAUGUGGAUUGCAUUCAUUUCAGUCGUAGUAAGGCUGUUCUUCCCACGUCAUUUUCCAGAUUGGAUGGAGAUACCUGGAUCGUUGAUGAUUCUUUUAUUAGUUGCUCCAAACUUAUUUGUUCAUUAUUUUAGGGGCAGCUGGGUCGGUGUUGCCAUAUGUCUUUUGAUCGGUUGUUACCUACUUCAAGAGCACAUUCGGGCAUCAGGCGGGUUUAGGAAUUCUUUUGUGCAAAGCCAUGGUAUAUCUAAUACCAUCGGUAUUCUUAUGUUAUUGAUCUACCCUACGUGGAAGCUCGUCGUUCACUUUGUUUGAAUCAUGCACAUUUGUUCUACGCAGAUUGAAUUACCCACAAAGAAAUCUUUAAUUUUAAUUUAGUAAAAUGUAGAUGAACUUUAUGUAUUUGAAACGAUGGUUCUUAGAUUAAC